UCACUUUGGUCAAGAGGUGGGGCAGAAAAUUUUGAGUUAGAGUAACAUUCGAAGACAAUUUAUUUCUGGCUUUCAUGUUAUAACCCCUUAGGGAUCCAGGACCGGAAAGGCCAACUUCUCCCUCAUUUUGAAAUCAGCUUUCUCCACCUGCACCACUGCAUAGCACAGAUACAGAAGCCAUCCUGUUGCAGGAUUUGAAUGCAAAACUUAUCUUCUUACUCUAAAGAUGAAUGAUCAGGGAGAGAUUUAUUCAACCCUGAGAUUUUUGCAGUCUCCUUCAGAGUCACAGAAUAGAUUAAGGCCUGAUGAUACUCAAAGGCCUGGGAAAACUGAUGACAAAGAGUUUUCAGUGCCCUGGCGUCUCAUUGCAGUGACUCUUGGGAUCCUCUGUUUAUUUCUUCUGAUGAUAGUCACAGUGUUGGUGACAAAGAUCUUUCAGUGUGUUCAAGAAAAACAUGAACAGCAGGAAAUUCUAAGAAACUGUAGUGAAAAGUACAUCAUGCAAAAUGAUAACUACUUAGAAGAGCAGCUUUUGACAAAUAAGACUUUAAAAUACGACAUUCUCAAAAAAGACAGCUUUCUGCAGAAAAAGGAACUGUAUUCACUCCUCAUGCUAAAGAACAGAUGUCGUAGAGAAAAUGAGAUCGUUUUAAAAUUUUUGCAAAAUACAGGCAAAUUCUCUGAAGACCACUGGUCCUGUUGUGGAGUAAACUGUUAUUAUUUUACCAUGCAGAAGAAAGACUGGAAGGGAUGUAAACAAACUUGUCAACAUUGUAGAUCAUCUCUUUUGAAGAUAGAUGACAAAGAUGAACUGGCCUUCGUUCAAUCUCAGAUUUAUGAAAAUAAUUACUGGAUUGGAUUAUCAUAUGAUGAAAGGGAAAGUAAGUGGAAAUGGAUUGAUAAUGGCACAUCUCCUGGAAUUAAUUCUACAAUAAUGCGUUCUUCUUCUGGGAGAGGAGAAUGUGCAUUUUUGACCUCAACAAGAAUGGCAACUAUUGAUUGCAUUCAAAAGUACAAUUGCAUCUGUGAGAAGAGAACUGACUCUAUUUUCUCUGAUUCAGUGUGCGCUAAGAAGAAAAGGUAGUAUUCUAUUGUACAGAUAUACCACAAUUUGUUUCUUCAUCCACCUGUGGACAUGUGAUGUGUUUCCAUUUAUUGGCUAUUGUGCAUAGAGGUGCCAUGAACAUUUGUGUGCAAGUAUCUGUGUGGACAUAUUUUAAUUUCUUUUUAGUAAAUACCUGGGAGUCCGAUUGCUGGGCCAUCUGGUAAGUGUAUGUUUACUUUUAUUUAUCUGUUUUUUAAUAAAUGGGGUCUCUGUAUGUUGCCCAGGCUGGUCUCAAACUCCUGGCCUCAAGCAAUACUCUAGCCUUGGACUCCCAAAGUGUUGUCAUUACAGGCAUGAGACACCGUACCUAGCCUACUUUUAUAAAAAACUUCUAAACUAUUUUCCAAUGUGGUUGCAUAAUUUUACUUUCCCAGUUGCAACAUAUGACAAUUACAUUUGUUCCUCAUCAUUUUCAACACUUGAUAUUGUGUCUUCUUAAUUGUAGCCAUUAUAGGAGCUGUAUAGUGGUAUCUCAUUGUCAUUUUUAAUUUGCAUUUCCUUGAAGACUAAUGAUACUGAACAUCUUUUGAUGGGUUUAUUGGCCAUAUGUAUAUUUGUAAAACAUUCAUAUGCCCACUUAAAAAAUUGAGUUCAUCUGUCUUCUGAUAAUGGAGUUGUAAGAGUUCGUUAUAUAAUUUGGAUACAAAUCCUUUGUUAGAUAUAGUUAAUAUGAAUAUUUUCUCCCAGGCUAUGUCUUGCCUUUUCAUUUUCUUAAUGGUGUCUUUCAAGAAGCAGAAGUGUUAAAAUUUUAGCUCAGGAGAUGGGUGCACCAAAACCUCACAAAUCAUCACUAAAGAACUCAUUCAUAUAACCAAACACCACCUGUUCA